CUGUGAAGACGCGAGAUAAGUGCACGCUUGCCUGCUAAAUUCGUAACAACUACUUUCGCGUGUCAACUGGCUUGGGUCGGCGAAUGCUAGAAGUGUCUGUUUCGAUUCGUGCCGCGGAAGGCCAUCUGCGAUUUUUGUUGGAAUGUCCAUUCGGCUUGUCUGUAUUGCAGACCAAGAAGUCCUCGUGAGGUAAACUGAAUAAAUAUGGAAGCGGGGAAGAAGAGCGACAACCCUCAUCCCAGGGCGACAGCUAAUUUUUUGUCGGCCGUGUCGUUCAGCUGGACAAUCCCAACGUUUGUCAAGGGCUACAAAAAGGAUUUAGAGGAUAGAGAUUUGUUUGAACCUCUGAAUGAGCAUCGUUCAGACAGAUUAGGCGAUAGAUUAGAAACAAAUUGGAAAAAAGAAAUUGAAAAAUGCAAUGCCAGAAAAACAGGGACUCCAAGUUUUUUCAAGGCAAUGGCUGUCACAUUUGGCCCAAGAUUCAUGCUGUACGGUCUGGUGUUGUUAGUCAUCGAAAUUGUUGUCAAAGUUGCCCAGCCACUUUUCCUUGGGCGACUUAUCAGAUAUUUCUCCAGCAACUCAACUGUCACCAAAGAAGAAGCUUACUUCAAUGCUGGCAUGGUGAUUUUGUGUUCAGGCUUGUCCAUUGUUUUCCUCCAUCCCUACAUGCUUGGCAUUAUGCACAUCGGCAUGAAAAUGAGAGUGGCUGCCUGUUCUCUCAUGUACAGAAAGUGUUUGCGACUGAGUCACCAAGCUAUGGGGCAGACCACUGCUGGCCAGGUGGUGAAUCUUCUUUCAAAUGAUGUCAACCGGUUUGAUUUGAUGCCAAUUUUCGCUCACUACCUGUGGAUCGGACCCUUGGAGACCGCUGUGUGUUCAUACCUGAUGUGGAGCGAGAUGGGCUGGUCAGCCCUCAUGGGAGUCUCCACCCUACUACUCACAAUCCCAUUACAGGGUUGGCUGGGCAAGAAAACUUCGACGUUGAGACUGCGCACAGCUGUGAAAACAGACGAACGAGUGAGGUUAAUGAAUGAGAUUAUUUCUGGAAUCCAAGUCAUUAAGAUGUACACUUGGGAGAAGCCGUUUGCCAAAUUAGUAGAUCUUGCUAGGAGGGCGGAAAUCAAACAAAUCCGAAUCGCCUCAUAUAUCAAAGGAGUUUAUUUGUCUUUCAUCAUGUUCACCACGAGAGUCACAGUCUAUGUUACGAUUGUGGCUUACGUGCUAUUUGGUGAAACAAUCACUGCAGAAAAAGUUUUUGUCAUUUCCUCUUACUACAAUAUUAUUCGCCAGACAAUGACUAUAUUUUUCCCACAAAGUAUCGCUCAAAUGGCAGAAGGGUCUGUGUCGCUCAAACGUAUACAGAACUUCCUGCUAUUGGGCGAAGUCUCCAGGGACGCUCAAUGCCGCCAAAGUGCCUCCAAUUCAGCCACCAAAAAGAAAGAAGUGUGUGUCACUUUGCAAAACGCCACUGCCAAAUGGAAUAGUGAAAUUUCUGAUCCUACCCUGAACAACAUCACCACCACCCUUAAAUCUGGUCAAUUGACAGCUGUGAUCGGUCCUGUUGGCUCUGGAAAGACCUCUCUGAUCCACGCCAUUCUGGAAGAAUUGCCUCUGACGUCAGGCUCUCUGAGAGUGAGUGGCAGCAUUUCUUUCGCGGGUCAAGAGCCAUGGUUGUUUGCUGGCUCAGUCAGGCAGAACAUCAUUUUUGGACAGCCGUGGGACUUGAAGCGAUACAGAAAUGUGAUCAGAGUUUGUGCCUUGGAGAAAGACUUCACGCAGUUGCCUUACGGAGACGAGACGAUUGUUGGCGAGCGUGGAAUAUCCCUAAGCGGUGGCCAAAGGGCCAGGGUGAGCCUGGCCAGGGCUGUGUACAAAGAGGCGGACAUUUACUUGCUUGACGACCCUUUGUCGGCAGUAGACGCGCAUGUUGGUCGACACCUUUUUGACGACUGCAUCACUGGCUUCCUCAAGGAUAAAGCUGUUCUCCUGGUCACGCACCAGCUGCAGUUCCUCACCCAAGCCAGCCAGAUUCUCAUUCUGAAUAAUGGUUCUAUUGAAGGACAAGGCUCAUACCAACAGCUUCAGGAGUGCGGAUUGGACUUCGCCCAGCUGCUGGCUGAAGCGGAAGAUGAGCUGGAAGACGAGAUUCUGAGUGAAGAGGAUGACCCUGUCUCAGUGCUGAGAAAACGAAGGCGAGGCAGCAGUGAGAGCAGUGCCAAAUCUGUGCUGGAAGGAGUAGUCAGACAGAUAAAGUCUGCGAAAGCAUCUCAAGAACUGCACGAGAAGGAGCAAGAGAAGCCCAAAGAGGUGGCGGAAAUGAGGUCCAAAGGUUCCGUCUCAGGGGACGUGUAUGGCGAAUACUUCCGUUCUGGAGGCAACGCCUGCGUCAUUUUCAUCAUGUUCCUCAUGUUUGCCCUUGCGCAAAUCGCUGCCAGCGGAGCCGACUACUGGCUUACGUUUUGGACCAACUGGGAAGAGGCUCAGGUUGAACAACCAAUGGAGCAGAAUAUCACCAACUCUAGCGGCUCCAACACUCCGUUUUAUGAAAUUGACUAUGCUUCCUUGGAUUGGAUGAGCAAAGACUUGGGCGUUUACAUUUACAGCGGUGUCAUUUUCGCCACUCUUGGCCUGGCUUUGUUCCGCUCCUACCUCUUCUUCAAUGUCUGCAUGAACGCAUCAGUAAAUCUGCAUGACAGAAUGUUCUCAUCUAUCACUAGAGCGACCAUGUACUUCUUCAAUACCAACCAAUCAGGCAGGAUUUUGAACCGCUUCUCCAAGGACAUGGGCUCCAUUGACGAACUUCUUCCUGCUGCAAUGAUAGACGCACUGCAGAUUGGAAUGUCCCUGUUGGGUAUCAUCGUGGUGGUUGCCAUUGUGAACGUGUGGCUGCUGCUGCCAACAUUUGUGAUCGGCAUCAUUUUCUACUUCCUGCGGAUUAUCUACCUGUCCACGUCGCGGAGCGUGAAGCGCCUUGAGGGAGUGACGCGGAGCCCUGUGUUCUCCCACCUGAACGCCUCGGUGCAAGGUCUAACCACAAUUCGUGCGUUUGGUGCGCAGCAAAUUCUUGAGUCGCAGUUCGACUCGCAUCAGGACCUCCAUUCGUCGGCCUGGUACCUGUUCAUUUCCGUCAGCCGCGCCUUUGGUUACUGGCUGGACGUCGUCUGCUUCAUCUACAUCGCCAUCGUGACUCUCAGCUUCCUCGUCAUGGGAGAAGAGAGCUACGGUGGCAAUGUUGGUCUUGCCAUCACCCAGGCGCUCGGACUCACUGGCAUGUUCCAGUGGGGCAUGAGACAGUCUGCAGAGAUGGAGAACCAGAUGACCUCAGUUGAGAGGGUUCUUGAGUUUUCUAACCUUGAGUCUGAGCCUCCACUUGAGAGUGAGGAAAAACCAGAAAAAGGUUGGCCAAAGAAGGGAGAGCUUGUGUUUGACAAGUUCAGUCUGCAGUACAAGGACGACGAUCCACCAGUAUUGAAGGAAAUCAGUUUCAAAAUCAAUCCCGAGGAGAAAGUCGGCAUUGUCGGCCGAACUGGAGCUGGAAAGUCGUCUUUGAUUUCUGCCCUCUUCCGGCUUGCCAAGUGUAGUGGAGGUCGUAUCUUGAUCGACGGCAUCGAUACUGUCACGCUGGGCCUGCACCAGCUGAGAGCUAACAUCUCCAUCAUUCCGCAAGAGCCGGUGCUUUUCUCAGGAAACAUGAGGAAGAAUCUUGAUCCAUUUGACGAGUUCUCUGACGACGUGCUGUGGACCGCGCUGGAAGAGGUCGAGAUGAAGGAGGCGGUAGCUGAGCUGCCUGGAGGUCUCAGCGCCAAGAUGUCUGAAGGAGGCAGCAACUUCAGCGUUGGCCAGAGACAAUUGGUUUGUCUGGCGAGAGCGAUUGUGCGCAACAAUCGCAUUCUAGUGAUGGAUGAGGCGACUGCCAACGUGGACCCUAAAACGGACACGCUGAUCCAGAGCACAAUCAGACGCAAGUUUGCAAAAUGCACGGUACUGACGAUCGCGCACCGCCUGCACACCAUCAUGGACUCUGACCGAGUGUUGGUGAUGGACUCUGGAAAGGUGGCCGAGUUUGCACGGCCAGCAGACCUGCUGAACAACCCGAAGUCCUUGCUGGCUAAGUUGGCGCACCAGACCAGCGCUGGCAACGUCGCCAGCCUCAAGCUAAAGGCCGGCCUGCUGAUCGAGAGAUAACGCUGCGUUCAUUGAGCUGCCUGUUUAUCACUUCUUAAGUUAUUCUUGUGAUCCCUCUGCAUCAGGGUAAAAUGACUAGCUUGUUUUUUGAGCAGGCUUUUCAUUUAUCUUCCAGCACACGCUAAAUUACUUAAUGAUUUGAUUGAUUAUUUUCACAAUGCAUACUUUAUCACACAAGAUUAAACUCUCUCAAUGUUUAUAAGGAAUUUUCUCCUCCGUAUUUUCUCAUAUUAGAGUUGACAGACAUUUUUUUUUUCAGUGGCAGGUACACUACAGUAUGUUAAUUCCGUUCUCUGGUUGGUCCUCGCGAUGAAGUAUGCAUUUAAAAUUUAAGUUCUUUGCAGAGAUGAAAUUGCUUGAACUUCUGUUUCCUGUUUUAUUUAUAAACGAUGAUGAAUGAUAGCGAUAUAUUUAGGUUAGAAAUCUCGCUUCAAAAUAAGUGUAAAAAUGCAUAGCAAAUUUUCUUAUAGUUCUCAAAUUGUUUAAUUAAAGACAACCGUCCAAGCGGAAAUGUAGUUUCUAUUGCUAGUGAGAUUCUAUUGCAUAAUUCACAGGAAGAUCAUUUUACUAUACGAUACGUCCUUGUAAAAUCUCAUUUGUGGUGAUAAAUAAAUUUUUGGAAUCCAUACAAUAAUA